UUGUACUAGUUAAUUAGUGACGCUUGCCAUGCUUGGUGAGGAAUCUGGGGAACCGUGCGAGUUGGUAACAGGAUGGCUAGAGGGAUUCAACCUCUCACACGAUUCUCUGUACGAACUGAAAGUUCAACUGGAGAAACGACAGCUUAAUGAUAUAUCAACUGCCAUGUCAACGGAAGCCAAGUUAGUUAUCAACCAGCUCAAGGAAGAAAGCAGAUACCACACGGAGGAAGAACGACCAGUGGGGGAAGGGGUGGAGGAUACAAAACAACAAAAGUCAAAGCAUCGAAAAUCAAGUCGAAAAACUACCAAGAGCGGGAAAACGAAAAAGUUUGCCGAAACCUUCACCAGAAAUUUGUCCUUCCGCCUUGACGGUGAUAUCACCGGGCCUUCUAGAUCUGAAGAGGACCUCUUAAAGAGAUCCCUCACCGGGGACCACAUUGAGGUCACCAUGGAGACGGUAGAAAUCGUGGAUUCGCAUGCUCCGCCCAAAGAGGAUGAUACGGAUGAGAUCGCAAUAGAAGAAAUGGCGAAGCUGAACUCCAUAGACAAAUGUGUCGUGUGGAUGGAAGUCAAUGAAAGUGAAGAAAAAGUGACGUCAAAAGAACAAGAUAUCACGUGACAGUGACUUUUGUUUUGCUCAUAUGAACAUAGAGCAAACUUACCAUUGACAUCGAAAAAUGGCAAAUUUUAACUUAAUGAAUUUUGUUUGAUAUAAAUAUAUAUUUUAUGCAUUAUUGAUUAAGAA